AUGGGUAGGUCGACUUUGCACAUUUCGCAUACCGGCACUUCUCUAGCCGGUGACCUUGGUGGAUGGGUCGCCCUACUGCAGUUCUGGGCGUGGGAGCGAUUCCCACAUCUGGCACCUCGAGAUUCAGAGACGAGGGCACCGGCCACCGAGGAUGCACAUCCACGUGGUCUUCGAUGGCUUUCGGCCAGCAGUCGUCAGUAUGGUGACCAGCUAUUCCAGUACAAGCUGUGGUUUGACGCGAUGGACAACGUGGUGUGGCAACCUUACCGUGAGAGAGCACUUCAUCUCAGAGGUAGUGUGAUACAGUCUGAGACAUUUCGAGCAGUAGUGCCACUUAUAUGCUUUUCAUCGGUGAUGUGGCAUCAUCCAGACCGCGUGCUCCGGCAGUUUGGCAUGAGGCAGCAAGAGCCUCAUCAGCCACAUCCUGAGAGUGAGGUUAGGUUUUUUCUUCGCCAGGCUACUCAUGGGCCAUCGCGUGGGCAGCAGUUGGUACACGCCUCCAGAGUGUCGCUUGAUUUCUGGAACCGUCGACACGAGUUUUUAGCGACAUCUUCAUACACUAAUGAGGAGUUAGCCUACCACUCGGAGCAUAUGGAGUGGUAUAGAGAUGUCACCAAACGUUCCGGCACACGGAGAGGAGCUGUAGCGGAGGCAUUGUACGACACUAUCGAGCAUGCUGAGGUGAGUUUGCGUGACGGUGGGAGGGCUGGAGGGCUGACCCCUGACCAGUGUGAGGACUUGGCCAACUUUAUGGCAUCCGGGGUUGUUACACUAGGGUUUGAGCAGCGUAGAUACCCUGAUCUCACAGUACAUGUGCAGCCCCAUUAUGCGGAGCCUGUCAUGACUGCCUGGCCAGAGCGUACUGAUCCGACACCGGACUAGGUCACCCCAGAGCCACAGUUCAGACAGGAGCGUAGGCCACGUAGA